UUAACACUUGAAUUCCAGUACAUGAUGUUUUGAUGCGGAAUACUGAAAACCAAAAAACAUAAAGCCACGACAGUAUUGAAUAGUAUCAUAUUAACUUACGUACAGUUAAGGAUAUCUUUCCAUGCUGUUUCCCACCUCCUAUUCUACUUAGAUUGUACUUGGAAGACAUAGUACCCUCAGUUUUAAAAUCUCUAGAAGAAGAAUAAAAAAAUGCAGCAGACACUGUAAUGCAAAAUGUGAUAGUUUUUCUGUUAGUCCAGGUUUGUUUGGAAUGUUUGGGCAGGCAAACUGUAUGAUCUAGCACAGACUGCUGCUACAACAGUCUAAUGAGAUGCAGGCCUUACCUAAAGCAUGCAGGCAGGUUAGUGGUGAUGCUUCAUGAUGGCUUCCAAUCAGUGAAAUCAAAUGCAUAUCAAAUGCAUCAAAUGUUCUUGUGGUGUAAUUUGUGAAUAAGAGGUAGUUGUUUCCUUGGGUUGGCCUUGCCUGAAAAGCAAAACCAUGAGAAUAUAGACCUCCUACUUGUGUUUGUUUGGUAGUUGUGUGUGUGUGUGUUUUUAAUGUAUUUAUUUUCCCCUAUGCUCUCUGCUCACAUAUAACACUACUUUAAACAUAGAAGGAACAUAUAUCCCCAUCCAAUUUCAUGCUUAAACCAGGUUAAACAUCCCAGCUAGGAAAUGUAUUACGUUGUGCAAAAGUCUCUUAGGCCGAUGCAAUAUUUCAAAGCCUUACCUUAAGGAACAAUCAUUAUGCAAGCACCUUGUCUUAUGCAAAACAUCAGCUUGUCCUGCAGUAAUACACAGAAACCAAUGGCAAUAUGCAAUAAUUAAUGAAACUAGGAGUUAAGUUGUGCAAUACUUCUUUCUUUGUAGUCAUAGAAAUUAUGAAUUUCAGAGAACUUUGUCACUGGUAUAAUGGAUCUCUCUCAACAAUAAUGAAAUAUUAGCAUACAGCAAUACUUCUUUUUCCAAUGCAAGGUACCUAAAAUAUUGCAGUGGGCUCGUGCAACACUCUCACCUGCAACAAUGUGCACGUAUCUCAAGCUGUUGUUUGCUAUUUGUGACAUUCUGGCCAUUCAAACAGCUCUUCAGUCAUUCAGAAUGUAAGUGACUUCCUGACCCCUUCUGUCACAUAUUUUGCUCUAUUUAACAUCAGCUCCUGAAACAAAUUUGAAAAUUUGCUGAAGUGACACAAAGCAACUUGGAAGCUGUCUGAUUCUCUCCACAUCUAGCCACAUAACCAAGCUCAUUUUCUUGACAUUUGAUGUAUGCGUCCUCAAUUCUUACUCAACGAAGAAUAACAGUGUUUUGAGUAUUUGAUCACUUAUUCUUUGACUAAACAUAUCUUCAUUCUGUUAAUCCAAAUUUGUUGAUUUGAUGUGCAAGUGGGAUAACUAUUACAUUGAUCUUUGAAAGGUUUUUGUUUGUUGUUGGAUUUGUUGACCUUCAGUACUAAAAUUUGGUAGAAAAUUAGUUGCUGGAAUGUCUCUUGUCUUCUACCUCACAGUGACCCUUUAAUCUCAGGCACUGUUACAUAAGCAGUAAGUUAAAAGGUCACCCAUUAUGUCUUAUCAGCAAACUCACAAGAGGUUGAUGUGAAACACGAAAUGUGUAAGCAUUAAAUGUUUAUUGCUUUCUUUUAAAGAAAGGUCAAAAACUGAACUCAUACUAGGAAUCCAGUUAAUGUGCUUUAACUCCGUCUAGCUAGUUCAUGGAUUUUUGGUUUAAAGUCUAACCGUGUGAAUUUGAAAUUCAUGUCAAUAAAUGAUACCCAAAAGUCACCAACAGGAUAAAAAAGUUACAGUGAUGUAUCAUUUUGCAUUACGACAGUUUAUUACACUUCAUUUUUUCUUAGUUAUUUUAGAGAGGAUCUCAUGUUGAACUCGAUUGCCUGAAUGUUCAGCAUACCAAAAUGUGUUUGGUAGAACUGGAGGAGAUAGAAUUGUAUGCAAUUGUCCAAUUGCAAAGUGUGGCAGAGCUCAGGUCAGGUACAGUAGUUCACAGGUGCUGGUUAUUUCUUGGCUCAGAAGGAAUAGAGAUCCGUGGUCUCAGGCAGGGUUUUCUAGCUCUCAGCUGCUCCUACCACACAGGUCAGAGCCUUCCUUGAGUGUUCUGCUCACCAUCUACACAGCAAGAGGAAUCGCCUCAGAAUCACAGAAUCAUAGAAGGGACCUCAAGGAUCACCAAGCUCCAAAACCCUAGCUGUUUUGAAGGUCUUAAUGGUAUAGAAUCAGCUCACACCUUAGAAUACAUAUCUAGCUAAAAGGAUUCGUUAACGCACGUUAUCCCUUUUCCCCCGAAGCCACGCGGACAAGCUCCAAUCCCCACCACUCCAAGCCGCGGCCGCGGGCAGCUUUUCCAGGACCGGCUCCUCCCCCCGCUCCUCUUUCUCCUCCUCCUCCUCCUCCUCCGCUUCCUCCCCUCGCAGCCCGUGCUGCCGGUCCGUGUUGGCGAGCAGCGCGGAGGUGAGCGGCGUUGGGGGCCCGGCUCCGUCGGCUCGUGCGCCUGCACCGAGAGCUGGGCGGCUUGCUCUGGCUGCUCUGGAGGGCUCCCAUCUCCGGUCCCAUCCGCAAGUGCCUUCCGAGAGGACUUUUGGCGUGUCUCACCGUGCUUCGGUGGCUGGGGAUCCGGACAUGGAGGGUCAGGAGCUGCCUUGUGUGCUAAUUGACUGCAUCGGAGGGAAGCAUGGGGUAUAUGAAGACCACGCUGAAUUUCUAAAGGAACGUUUCUGUCUCAUCACCAUGAAAGAAUAUCUUGAAAACAAGAGCUUUCUUGGCAAAAAGAUCAGAGCUAUUUAUAUGUGGUAUCACAAACCAGUUAUUAAUGAGGAGCUGCUGCAGAGCCUGCCUAACCUGAAGAUAGUUGCAAGCUCUGGAGCGGGAGUAGAUCACUUGGAUCUGAAUCUCCUCUCUAGCUAUGGUGUGAAAGUGUCUAACACUCCACUGACUGUUUCCACUGACACUGCAGAUUUGGGGAUGGCUUUGAUGCUGGCAUCUUCCAGGAGACUUGUGGAAGGCCAUCAAAUGGCAAUAUCCCCUGAUACUGAGUAUUUCCCUGCCAACUGGCUGGGUGCUGAGGUUUCUGGAGCUACUCUAGGCAUCGUUGGAAUGGGCACCAUUGGCUACAAAGUGGCUGAGAGAGCCAAAGCCUUUGAAAUGAAAAUUUUAUACCACAACAGGAAACAGAGAAACAAGGAAGAAGAACAUGCUGUUGGAGCUACCUACUGUAAGAAGAUAGAUGACUUGCUCCAGCAGGCAGAUUUUGUGAUGCUGGCUGUGAAAUUGACACCUCAGACACACAAACUGAUUGGGAAGAGGGAGCUACAGCUGAUGAAACCCACAGCCAUUCUCAUUAAUAUCAGCAGAGGUCUGGUUGUAGAUCAGGAUGCUUUGGUGGAGGCCCUUCAAAACAAAGUUAUUAAGGCAGCUGCUCUGGAUGUGACCUAUCCUGAACCUUUGCCAAGGGAUCACCCCUUGUUAAAACUGAAGGACGUCCUUAUAACUCCUCACAUCGGAAGCGCCACCGUCAAGACGCGGCACCUGAUGAAGGAAAACAUGACUGAAAGCAUACAGGCAGGUCUCGCAGGUCUUCCCAUCCCUAACGAAGUACUGCUGUGAAGGGCCUUGCACUGCACGUUAACGCUGUUGCUGGUUACCCAGUGAGGAACCGCCGGGCUGAUAACCUUCCCCUGCAAUUCACGAAGGUAACGCGACGCAGAUAAGAUGUGGAGGUGUAACUUUAAUUAACGUUUUUCACUUCCGGUUUAAAUACUUUGUAAUUAAAUACAAAAGCUCCUUCUGUGUGGAAAAGCUGCCGUAUCUUGUCAUUUGCGUCACGAAAACUUCGACAGCCCAGAGUCUCAAGCCGGCGCCGUUCGAGCCGCCAGCUGCCCCAGGCGCCGCGGCACCGAGCGCAGCGCACGGCUUCCCUCAGACGCGACGCUCCGGCCGCCAGAAGAGCCCGCCUGCAGCGCGC